AUGUGCGCGGCCAUGCUAAGCAUGCGGGCAAAGCUGACUCGACUAAUGGAUACAUUAGUCGAGUCAGCUUUGCCCGAAGAUUUGUUAAGAGUAUGGCAGAGAAAUUCUACUUCGUCGGGUACUACCGAUGCCAAGGAUCGACUGUACGGAUUGAUGGACUUCUUACAAAAGGAAGUGAUAGCAGAAGAAAGAAUAGCUAUGGCGGUACAAGGAUUUGAAUAUAAAACAUUCUCUAAGGAGAAUAAAGAGAUGAAAAGGAAACAAAAACUACAAUCUAACGAAGUAGCCUCGGCGGCUGGACUUAUUAAUGCAAAACCAUCUCAAGUAAUAGAAUAUAUUUGUUGCAGUGAGAAACAUGACAGUAGCUUGUGCAACAAAGCGAAGACAAUGUCUUUGGAAGAGAGACAGAAAAUAUCUAAAGAGUCUAACGAAACACAAAAUAAAGUAGAAGACAAAAUAGAAAGACAAAAUUUAGCGAGUCUAUCCAAGAAGCCUGAGGUGUUUCUACAGACAUUGCAAGUCUGUCUGAUUAACGCAGUAGUGGAAUUGCAGCCUAUCAACGAGACACUUUGCCAAGAUAUUCCAAAGAAGUCCGGAGGACCAUGGAUAGAAGAAUUACAGCACAAAUCGGUGACAUUAUCUGACUAUGAAUACGCUGAUAAUUCUAUCUCUCUUUUGAUAGGUGCUGAUAUUGCGGGCGAAUUAUAUACUGGAAAAAUCUUUAAUCUUAAAUGUAAACUCACCACUAUUGAAACACGUUUAGGACGGACAUUAUUGGGUCGAACUCCACAAUUUAAGAAGCAAGAGUCAGACACGGUGCUAACUGUUUUGUCCAUGUACGCUCAAAAUGCCGAUAUAGAUGAUUUAUGGAAUCCUGAUGUUAUCGGUAUAGAGGAUCCUAUCCUAAAGUUGUCGAAAGGGCAUCAUUUACAAGAGAUUCUCUUCCGAUUCCGUGAUACGAUUAAGAUUAACCAGAGUGGCAGAUACGAGGUUUUCUUACCUUGGAAGGAGAAUCAUCCACCACUUUGCGAAAACCGAGAAAUCGCAGAAAGAAGAUUAAGAAACACCAUAGUGAAACUUCGCAAUGAUGGAUUGCUCCAUGAGUAUGAAAAGGUGUUUAAUGAAUGGCUUGAGGAAGGCAUAAUUGAGGAAGUUCCUGCUGAAGAGUUAAGCUCCCCUGGACAUUAUCUACCUCAUCGACACGUUGUUAAGGAGAAUAGUACCACACGUAUACGUCCAAUCUUCGAUGCCUCAGCUACUGAAAAGGGUAAAUUCUCAUUGAAUCAAUGUCUAGAGGUGGGGCCCAACUUUAUUGAGCGUGUUCCAACAUUACUUUUACGGUUUCGUGAGAAACGCAUUGGAACCAUUGCAGACAUAAGAAGAGCAUUUUUACAGAUUAGUAUUACGCCUAAGAAACGCGAUUAUGUGAGGUUUUUCUGGCAACGUACCUCUGAUAACAAAAUAGUAACUUAUCGCCAUUGUAGAGUAGUCUUUGGAAUUACAAGUAGUCCUUUUCUAUUGGGAGCUACUCUCGACUAUCAUUUGGAACAAGUUCUUGAGAAGACUAUAGAUGAACAGGAAAAAUCCAUAAUCAAGAAACUUAGAAGGUCACUGUACGUUGAUAAUUGCGUUACAAGUGUCGGGACAGAAGAAGAAAUAAGUUCUUUCAAGGCAAUCGCGAUCUACGUUAUGAGUACAGGCGGUUUUGAUCUACGUGGGUGGGAGCUCACAGGUGAAAGUGAUCCUCUCCAUGAAACGACAGUCCUGGGAAUGACUGGGAAUAAACAGGAAGAUGUUUUGACACUUCCACGUACAGCUCUACAACAAGAAACUCCGAGCAGAAUUACAAAGAGAGAAAUUUUAUCUUCUACAUAUAGAGUCUAUGAUGCUCUUGGAUUUAUUUCUCCUGUAACACUCUAUUCUAAGUUACUCCUGAGGAAAUUAUGGGAACAGAAUUUUGAUUGGGACACUGAAGUUGAACUCCAAAUAAAGGAAGCAUUUCUGCUAUGGUUACGAGAGCUGGAAAAUCUAUCUCAGGUAAAGAUCCCUCGGUGGAUAUUUGACACCAAUGAGUCAAUCUUAUCUUUACAUUUAUUUGUUAACGCUAGUCAAAAGGCAUAUGCUGCAGUAAUAUUUGUCAGAAUAGAAACAAAAAAUAAAGUUAAAGUACAUUUUGUACAAGCUAAGAAUCGAGUGGCACCAAAGAAAAUGACCACUAUACCGAGACUAGAACUCCUCGCAGCUUUAAUAGAAACUAGGUUGAUGCGGUUUACAUUAACUACAUUGGAAAAUUCUCAAAUCGAGACCUUCUAUUGGACUGAUUCGACAACGGUACUUGCUUGGAUCCAAAGGAAGACUCAAUGGGCUACAUUCGUAUGGAAUUGA